AUUAUUAUUAUUAUUCAACAGCUCUCAGCAAGCAGUAGAUAAGCAAUCAGCGUUCAGAAUGAAUAUGCUGCAUUCGUUUCGCUAUCCAAGGUCCUGAAUCAACAUCUGUUGCCUUCAUUUCUGCUUUCCUCACCACAAAUAUGUGCAGUAACAUUAAAUACUAUUUAUUAUAUGCUGAAGUCCUAUAGUGUAUACUAUUUUAUAGUAUUUUAUUGUAUUAUUAAAUUCGCAUCGUUUAUGUAUGGUAAUACGUCGUUUUGCCUGUUUGAUUAUGUACAGGACUUUUUAAAUCACAUUCUCAAACCAAAGUCGAAAUUGUUGAACAGAUUUCGUUACACUUUAAUAUUUUGGCUAAUUUAGAUAUUUUCGUGAUUUUACACAAGUAGAAAUUAAGGUUGUAAUUUUGUUUUUGUUUUUUGUGUUUUCUCGCUGCAUAUAUAUUUCUAGAGUAUGUGCAUUUUGUAUAUGAUUUAGAUAUAUUUUUGCAGUAACUCAGAAUGGUCUCAGAGUGCCGCUGUUUGUUAGGGGGAUGCGACUGAGAGUGCAUAAUUCCAGCAAUACCGCCCUCUCCAACUGCACUUAAGAAGGAGGAGACUGAGGCGUCUGCAUAAUGCACAUGCAGGGGGAAAACACAGAGGACAUCGACGCUGUGAUGAUUAGUCAGCUAUGAAUCCAUGUUUAGAUGCUGUACUAGAAAUUCUCCAUUAGCCAAUUUUAUUUGGAACCUGGACACGUUGAGACUUUGAAUUGGAUACACCUUGACUUCGUUUACUCGAUCUUGAGCAAAAUGUCGGACAGAACAAUGGCGCGGCAAGUACUGCUGUUUAUUUGGUUUCUCUCUCUCAGUUCAGCUCUCGGGCAGGUCAGUUACUCCAUUCCUGAGGAAAUGGCGAAAGGCUCUUUAGUCGGGAACAUAGCGCAGGAUUUGGGUUUAGAUUUAAAGAGACUGAAAUCGGGCAAAGCGCGUAUUUAUACAGGAGACAGCGCUGAAUACAUCGAGCUGAAUAAAGAAAGAGGAGUCCUCCUUAUCAAAGACAGAAUAGAUCGAGAGGCGCUAUGCGGACAAACAACGCCUUGCGCUCUACAUUUACAGAUUAUUCUCGAUAAUCCUAUGGAGUUGUUUAGGGUAACUGCUGAAAUUACAGACGUAAAUGACAAUUCUCCUAUAUUUAAAAGAGAUGAGAGACGAUUUGAGAUAAGCGAAUCAGCAGUUGUAGGUUCAAAAUUCAUGCUGGAGAAAGCAAUAGAUGCAGACAUUGGCGCAAAUGACCUACAAAGCUAUUUUCUGCAACCUACUGAUCAUUUUAAUUUAAAACUUCAUGGUCAGAGCGAUGGGAGUAAAAAGGUUGAAAUGAUUCUACAAAAGCCUUUAGACCGAGAAAAACAGGAAAACAUGUCUCUGAUAUUAACCGCAAUAGAUGGUGGAGAACCACCUAAAUCAGGAACAGUUCAAAUUCAUAUUACAGUGCUUGAUGCAAACGACAACGCUCCCGUUUUUACUAAGCCUAUAUAUAGGGCGAUCAUUACAGAAAAUUCCCAGAGCGGCACGCCACUCAUCACUGUUAGCGCUUCUGAUUCAGAUAAAGGGGCAAAUGGAGAAGUCAGUUAUUUAAUUGCAAACAGUGAUGGUAAGUCUGACAUUUUUCAUAUUGAUGAAAAUGGA